AUGCUAUUCUGGCAUAAGCAGAAAACAUCCGUUAACGUUGCCAGUGAAUCAUCAUUACUAUUACUAUUACUUAAACGUAUUCAUAUUCAACACAUUGAUGAUACACAACACAAACGGCUUCGCAAUGUUAGAGACAUAUUUUCCUAUUUGCACAUUUGCUUUCUCGGAUUAAUACUGUUUCAAUGUCCUAAUCAAAUUUACAAUGUAUGGUUGGGCCCAUUUCAUAUUAAUCUUGAUCAAAUUGCUACUCAAUUUAAAACGCACACUGAACUCCGAUAUGACGCACGAUCUGUUCUGUAUCGUUGGUUUUCAUUAGAUCAUGAAUAUCUUCAAAUAGAACUUGGCGAAGAUAUGAUUGAUCGAGAUAUGACAAAGGCAUUCAGAGUAUUCAACGGUAAACGUUCAUAUGAAAAAUUAUUGUAUGCAUUCAAUCGUGUAAGAGAAUCAACCAUUGAUCAGUAUGAUUAUAAAUUUUAUGUUGAAUUACCAUCAAACGAACAAUCUUAUAUUCAUCGACGUCUUUCUUAUAAUUUUCGAGCAUUCCAUAAUCGUACAUUAAGAUGUAUUAUUCGACAACUCGAUAUUUCGCCUAUGGAAUAUCUCAAACGGAACGAAAAGUCAAUGUACAUUCAAGCGAUUGAACAAAUUUAUGAUCGAAAUGUAACAUUAUUCAACAUAAAAGUCAUAAUUAAAUGCGGUAUUUUACUCGGAUAUCUCUAUGAACCGAACGAUAAAACUGUCUACCUAUGGGAUUCGAAUGAAACCUAUAAGCUGGGCAAUCACAUUAUAGUAUUCGAUGCCUUGUCUCCUUAUUGUCCUUACAUGGCCUAUAUUCUCGUUUGUCUCUUGUUCGUACGUCCAUUGAUAAAAAUUCUCUUCUCAUUGGGAAUAUAUCAAUUCCAUAAAAUUCUUCCACCGUCAUUUAUGAUUCAUCGUUCUGUACAAGAUGAACUUGCAAAAUCAAAUAUUAAUUCGAUUAUAAUAUUAAACAAUCUUUUAUUAAAUACAGUCGCAGAAAGUAAACAUUACGAUCGACUAUUUAUUAUACAAAACAAAUAUCUCGUCAUGUUAAUGAUCGAUUUUAAUGAAAAUAAUCCAGAAAUUCUACGUCAAUUUGAUAAACGUUCACCGUUUAAAAUUAUUUCUAUUGAUACUAUCAAAUCAGUUAGACACUAUCACAUUGUAGUUGCGAAUCAUUCCCGUUCGAAAUAUAUCUAUUUUCCAACUGAUUCGUACCUCAGAGAUUCCAAUACCAGUGAAUGGCUUCAUCAGCGAUUAAUACAUAUCAGUGAUCAAUAUCGACACCAUUUGGAACAAGAACAAAUUCGUCAACAUCAAGAAAUUCUACGUGCUCAACAACAAGAGCAUCAACACCAUCUCAAGGCUCUUAUACACGAAGAAGCUGAAUAUCAAUAUAAUACCUAUGGUCAUAACUUCAAUCGAAUGUGGCACCGUAUAGCAUCGGCAUCACCUCGUUUUAUUGCACAAUUUCGUUUAGAAGAUCGUCAAUUAGUCAAUAGUGAUCAGCCAAAUAUAGAAUGUAGUCUUUGCUAUGAAGAAUUUCGUAUUGGUCAGCAUUUUGCUCAAUGGCCUUGUAAAGCCAAACAUAGUUUUCAUUUUGAUUGUAUGUUAAGCGCAUUGCGUGCGCGAAAUACUUGUCCAUUAUGUCGACAUCCCGUCGAAGCAGCUUAUUUACCUAGUAGACAGACUGUACUUCAAUACAUGGCAGGAAGAAUAAUACCUCGCUUCUUUACUUGA